AUGGAAACCCGCCCGGCAACAACCGCAAACCCACCCAGCGUCGAAAUCGCCUACAAGCGCAAAUGCGCCGCCCUCAAGAAACGCCUCGCAGAGGUCGAAGCUGAAAACGAACUCAUGCGCACCCGCAACCAGCGUGGCUACCAAUACAUCCAGAAGAUGCGCCUCGAGUCUUGCAUGCUGCUGGAGCGUCUUGCCAAAGUCACCGGUAUGGCGGACGAAGCUGCCGCUGGGACGGCGGACCCGGAACUCCGUGCUCGUGCGGCGGCGAUGAUGUCUGAUGCGGCGGUGUUUAAUGGGCUUGGUGGUGCUGCGGGGGCGUCGCAGGGCGCGAAUGGCAGGUAUCUGGAGGAUGAUACUGAGGGUAGUUCCGAUGAGCAGCCUCCUACUCCCGAAGAACGCCCCCUCCGCGUCAAGCGCUCCCGCAAAUCAAACAUGCCUGCUGAUGGCCUUGACGAAGAUACCCCCGCUCAAGAGAACGCCGGCGAAGCAGGAGACGGCGACGCUAAUUCUGCGUCCCUACCACGCCUGGCCCCAGCCCCGAGUCAACAGGAGCUCACCUCAUCAUUCCGCGUGAAGACUGGCAGCAAUGGGGCACAGGACGUUGAGACCCCUGGCGAGGGGGAUGCCCGGGAUGGACAGUCUGAUACACAGGCUGGCGAGACGGGUGCUGACGAUGGGGCUACGCCUAUGGAUGUGGAUAGCAAGGAGCCGAAGGUUGAGCAGGGGUAG